AUGGUUGUCGACAUUCGCAAAGGAGCCGACGAAGGCGAGGAAAUCCUCGAGAAAUGCACUGGUUUCAAAUUCCACGUGAGUUAUUAUAUAACUGUUGCCGAAAACUGUCCGUUUUAGUGGGUGACGCCAAUCUCAUUCUUUGCGUUCAUCAUUGGCUCGCAACUGCUUCAAGCAUUCUUCUAUUUUCAUUCUACGCAAUGCUCCGACUUCUUCCGGAGCCCAAGGUUCACCAUUCUGUUUUCCAUCUCAGUUUCCAUCCUGUUGAUCACCGAACUUUUGCUCAUUGCCGCGGCCAGAUAUCGAAGUGUGAAGAUGUACAGAGUCGUGAUUAGACUGUUGGUGAGUUUUUAUUGCAGUUUUGUUCAUUUGUUUGAAUUUUUAGACUGCCAGCAUUGUGUUGGACAUUGUGAUGUUCAUCUUGUCCUGGGUCGUCGUUGGUUUCAUUUUUUUCACUCACCACCAUUCGCUCCCAUAUUUUACUCGGCUGGUCUUGGAAGUGAUUGCCUAUGGAUACUACUACCUUGUUCAGGGACUCGUCUUGUGCUUGAUUACUAUCUCCGCCACGAACGACAAGAAACAUCUGGCCGAGUGUAGCUUGUACGACCCCGAACUCGAUGUCUUCGACGAAGAGCAGAGCCAAUAA